GGCCAUAGAAAAUUAUCGAGUCCUACGGGUUGGCGUAAUAGCGGCAGAAAAUUUAUGUACACAGCAAGCAGCCAGACACCAAGACAUGGUGCAUUUGGCCGACUUAGCAAUCUCAAUCAGGAUUUCUCACGAGUCACGACCCAAUUGAGAAACAGAGAAAGGUAAGGGAAACAUUCAUGUCUGGCCAAUCAGUGAUUUAAGGACACAAAAUUCCAAUUGACGCAUUUACACCACUCACCUUGGAUAACCCCAACUCACGGGUUGUUGUGGAUGACGCUUAAAACGAUGACAUAGUUAGUGAAAUGUUGCGGGUCACAGCUUCAGAGCUCCACAAUGUUGCUGCUGUAACAUGUAUUAUUCAGUUACGAUUUAAAAGAAUUUUGACUAAAAUUGAGGCGAAUGUCUUUAGAGAUCGGAAUGAAUGUUCUGAGUUCAUUAGCUUUCAAGUUACAUAAUAAUUUUGGAUUCAAAAAUUGUGUUUCAAAAUCGCUGUUUUAGAUAGCUUAUCGGACCGGCCAAUCUGACAGGCAAUACAUGAAACCGGAGCUCAAAUCGGAGACUAUUUUAGCUAAAAAAAUGGUUAAACCUUGGUUAAACUAUGGUUUAAACACAAAAUACCAAUAUCACUGACUUUUUCGAUAGAACCUAUAAUACGAUUUUACAAUCUUUGAUAAAAAUAUGAAGCACAGUUUGGUGGCAAGGUGGAAACACUCCUUUCUCGUGCUUAUGAUAUACAUAAAUUGUAUAAGUAAGAAAAUACUACGUAUUAACGAAACCAAUCCCCUGCAUCCACAAUUAACUUAAAGAAAUUAUUUUGUACCGAGACCACAGAACAAUAGCAGAACUCUUACCAUGUCUCUACCUUGCUUCACUUGAGCUUGGCUAGUAUCUAAACACUAAAGAAAGCUUUUGUUCUGGCUGUAAUAUCCUAUUCAAGUUUCAAGUUUCAAGCUUUUGUUCUGGUCCAUAUUCAAGUUUUAUAUGAAAAUGGACUGUUCGAUCAAGAAGUAGGCAACGAAGAGUGAAUUGUAAGUCUUGAAAAGCAUAAAGGUUUUUAUGGUUAGAUGAUUUAAAGAACUUUAUAAUUGAUAACCAAGCACAAACAAAGAACUGAAUUGUAAGUUAACCGUAAGUGAACUUUAUAUGAAAAUUUUCAUUCAUUCUUUCCCAUUUGGAAUUUCCACCCACCUAUGUCUAUCUGCUUAUUAAAUUGACCUAAAAAGGGAACAUUUAAAAUACCAACAGAGAGCUUACUUCGAAUCUCAGCCGCCAAAGGAAUGUCGUGAGAUAGUGGCCAAGGUGGAGGUAGGCACUUUUGAUCUUUGAACACAAAACUGGGAAUCAGCAACACUGUGCGGAAAACAUCCAAAACUCCAGUCCUUCCACAACGGAUCUCCCCAAGUGUGACCUUGAUGCUAUGGAAUUGACUCUGCUGCCAAAAACCGUCGGGACGGAAGCUUGUGGGAAGGAUGACAGCGGCCAAAAAUCCGGUCGAUGGCACGCUUCUUUCAGAAAUUAAUUGAUGAUGGAAGAGUUCGGUUGGUGCGGGCGAGCAACCUUCAAAUCGACUUCAUGGACCGCGACCCGCAGGGUAGAAACGGCGGUGGAACGGGGAGGAGAAGGAGGUCAACAGGCAGCUCCAAACCUAUCGCAGUUCUUGGGCAAUUGGUGGGCGCAACGAUUUCCUAAUGGACCCUAGCAGAGGAAGCCACCAAUUGGAAGACAGACAUGGGCAUAGCAGAGAAAUCGAUUAUAGAGGGUUGGGAGAACCGUCGCCUGGGCAGUACCGACAGUGCGCGAUUACCUAAUAGAGAGUAUAGAAGCGAAUCUCUGGAGGUAAGCUGCAACCUGCGAGGGAGAUGUGCUGGUCGCCAGAGAUCAAAACCUCACUCGUCCACAACCUCUUCGCUGCCAAGAUCAGCCGCAACGCGAUCUCCCCACUCCCAAGUACUUCCGUUAGCGAAUUGCCCCGUCAACUUUGUUGUAAAUCGGGAUUUCGAUUGUGAAUUUUUUGAAAUUGGGGAUUUGGCGAGAGUGGAGGCAACAUAUAUGAUUACGCUCCUAUCAGAUGCGAAAAGGAAAGCGGAAGAGGAAAGAGGAGCGUUCCAAAAAAAGGCCGGGGAAGGAAGACGGUUGCAGGCGAAUUCCCGCCUAAAUAGGCUGCCACAUCAGCCUCCUAAAAUCACUCUACAGGCAGAAAAUUUUGAAUGGGAGAUGCAGUUUUACGUUUCAGCUAUAAAUGAUACUGUUGAUUUUGUGGUUGAACCGUCGGUACGGUACGGUUUAAUGGACCAUGAUUUUAAGCAGUUGCUGAUGGUUGUUGAUAGCGCCCCAAUAGUAGAUGAUUGAUAAAGAUGGAUAAUGAGCUAAAACUGUUGGGGGUUGUAUUGGGCUGGUUUAGUUACGUUCGAGAUUGGGUCUUGACUAGCUUGAAAUUCUACCGACCAUGGGCCGAGGAAUACUGGUAAGCAGAUGGGCUUGAGCUUGAAUAUUAACCCACGGAUCAGUGCACACGGUUUGCUUCAAGCAUAUUGAGGCCUUUGGUCUGAAUCAGGAUUCAUAAGGAUUGACGAAGAAAAAUGUCACAAACAUUUAAAUGGAUAAAUGCCACAUUUGGUCACUUGGAUUACUAAAUCGUAUAAUGCUUAGUCACUAAAAAAAUUUAAUAUUAAUUUUGAUCACUCGAAUUACUGAAACAUGUCACAUUUAGUCACUCUCUCAUUAGCCUCCGUCCAACCCCAGUCACUCGAAUUACUGAAACAGGUCACAUUUAGUCACAAGUAGACUGGGGUUUAUGUAUUUGAACUGGCUUCUCUAGUUAGUUUCCGUCCAACUCCAUUAAUGAAUUUGGACGGAAACUAAUGAGAGAGUGACUAAAUGUGGCUUGUUUCAGUAAUUCGAGUGACCAAAAAUUAUAUUAAAAAAAUUUCUAGUGAAUAAACAUGACACGAUCUAGUAAUCUCAGUGACCAAAUGUUGCAUUUACCAAUUCCACUUGCAUUUUUUUAUCCAAAUAAGUUACUUUAUCAUGUCAUAUCAUCCAAAUUUCGAUGCAAAUUAUGUCACGUGAUCUUUAACACGAAUCGUAAAUCAAAACCAACUUUCUUGAAUGAUGGGACCAGAAAAUUGAACUCGAUGGAUUCUAAUUGUGGUAGUUGAAAAAGAAGCAAACGUCGAUCGACGACUUCAUUUCUCAAAUUUGUUACAAAUUUUACAUGUGUUUCAAACUACAUUUUCAAAACUGUGAUAGACAACAUCACACUUGGACAUGGUGUCGUUGUGUGCACAUCUUUUCAUCAUUCCAUGAAGGAGACUGCGAAUAGACUUCAUAUUUAGAUACUUUUCUUUCUUCGAGUCAAAAACAAGUCUGAAAAUCUAAUGGUGUAGAACCAUUUUUUUUGCAUUGGAACGUCGGUAGGGAAGACAACCUAAGACAGGCACACAGGCAGCGACAAGGAUUCAGAUAUUUUUUUGUGGCAGAUCUACUAAAUAUCUUGGAAAAAAGAAACCAGAGAGAUUCCGGGAAUUUAAUUUUCUGAGGGAAAAUUGAAAGAAAAUAAAUAAGGGGCUGUGCGGUCACUUUGCCCGCGUAGAAUCAGGCAGUAUUAAUUAAAUACUAAUUUAGCCCCGGAAAUCUGUACAAUGUAUAAGUAAAUACUAAUUUCUUAAAAGAGCAAUAUAUCAUCAUUUUAAUU